AGAAGACGAAAUAGUCUCGUUCUAGAAAAGCUGUUGAUCACGCCUUGCAGUGGAAGCAUACAGAAUUGUCCAUAUCUACCCAUCAAACCUUUUCGACCUACUUAUGAUUUCAAAGUCUCAGAGCCUUGCGACGGUUUGUUUUGUAUCUAUACCAAAACCAAUGAUCUUAAGUUUAACCUUGUCAAUCCUGCUACUAAUAGCCGCCGCAUACUCCCUGAUCCCACCUCUACCCUCGAUGAAGUUUAUGGGCAAUCGAUGUAUUCGUUGCUAGGGAUCGGAAGAGAGAAUGGUGUGAUUCCAAAGUAUAAGCUAUUAUGGUUUUUCCAGUGUAAUGACAAAUUGGUGAAUGAAUUUACUAGGUGCAAGGUUUUGUCUCUUGACUCUAAUAGUUGGAGAUACGUAGAUCCACCCAACUGUCGAAUUUACUGUGACCAACCUAUAAUUCACUUGGAUGGAGUGCUCUAUUGCUUCAGCUUCAACCGCGAAGAGAUGGGUUACGGCCAACCGUGCAUCUGUAAACUACUAGCUUUUGAUCUUCACACAGAGACGUUUCAUAGUUUUUCUACUCAGGAUUUGGAGUCUAGAGACUGCCGUGAAUUAAGCAUGUGUAUUCUUAAUCAUCGUCCAUGCAUCUUCAAGAAACGUCUUGGUAAUAACGACCUUCUCUUCAAAAUUUGGGGUCUAGACAUAAACAAGAGUUCAUGGGAAGAAAACGCUCUCACGCGACUCCAUAGGGAGCGAGACAUAAACAAGACAUAAACAAGAGUUCAUGGGGAUGAUAAUGUCAUUUGUUGAAAGAAAAAAAACGCUCUCACGCGACUCAAUAGGCGAAUAGGGUUUCCUUUCUUGCCGCCGCCGACGGAGCAGCCUCACGCUCUCCGGCGAGAACUCUCUCUCCCCUACUCCUCUCUGUCUCUCCAUGGCGAUCUCUGCUUCAUCCCCGGU